AUGGAAGCCCCUCUCGUGUGUUUGGAUGAGGAGUUUGAGGAUCUGCGGCCGUGUCGGAUGGACGAACUGGACAAUCCGGAACUGGACAAUCCAGAACUGGACGAUCCAGAACUGGACCACUCCUCCUACUCCACCACCACCACCGUCCCACUGGCCACCAUCACCCGGGAAGACUUCUCUGAGCUGGAGAACUUCUCUGAGAUGAUGAGCUUCAAGUCGAUGGAGGACCUGGUCAACGAGUUUGACGAGAAGCUCAAUGUCUGCUUUCACAAUUACAACACCAAGACGGAGGUCCUGGCACCCAUACGCAACCAGUCACACAACCAGGAAGAUGAGGAGCAGCUGCAGGAUGAAGAGUGA